UUUAUACAGUGUUUUGUCAGUGAGAGCUCACUGAUUGUCUUCAUGAUGACCAUCAUCUCUCUGCUCCUGCUGGCCUCUCUGCUGCCACACCUGACCUUCACUGCUCAUGUGGAUGUGGGUAUAGUGAACGGCAGGGAAGCAAAACCCCACUCCAGACCUUACAUGGUUUCUAUUCAGUUGAUGCGUAAACACGACUGCGGUGGAUUCCUCAUUUCUGAUCAGUGGGUCUUGACUGCUGCACAUUGCUGGGACGGAUAUACAAGUCGGACGGUUGUUGUUGGUGCUCAUGACUUAAGUGAUAGUAAGAAUUUGACAUGCAUCAGAGUGAAGAAAUUCAUCCCGCAUCCAGAAUACAGUGCUUCUGGGAAUGACAUCAUGCUUUUGAUGCUAUAUAAAAAAGUCAGACUAAACAACAAUGUUGGACUGAUAUCAUUGCCAAAGGACAAUGUCAAUGUGGAUACUCUCUGUAGUGUUGCGGGCUGGGGAAGUCUGUGGACUAAUGGCACAAUGAGUGAUCGUCUAAUGGAGGCAAACAUGAAUAUACUAAAUCAAGAAGAGUGUCAACGUAAAUGGGGAAACAUCUACUUGGCCUCACAGAUGAUCUGUGCACAUGGCCAUGGUGGAUCCUGCCAUGGAGAUUCAGGAGGUCCUUUGGUUUGUGGAGACACUGCAGUUGGUGUCACAUCUUUUGGAAGUAAUAAACUAUGUAAUUCACCUGAGCAACCUAAUGUGUAUACUAAGAUUUCAGCAUAUCUUCCAUGGAUCCACCAAACCAUUAAAAAUUUUAAGUAACUUCAUGGAAAACAAAAAAGGAAGAAAUGUUUUUUCUUGAAUUCUUCCAGAAACCUUCUUUCAAUAAAUGUAUCGCAUCAA